AUUUUGAUUGUAGUUGCAGUCCAAAUCUCCUCUACUGCAGUAACAGGACCGGCUGCCCGCUCUUCAAAACAAUAUGGCAUCCGCAAGAUUUUUUAGAAGUACAGUGCCUCAUGGAUUCCGUCAAAAUUACACCGUGUCGACCCCAAUAUUCCACACAAUGGGUACAGAGAUCCCCAGUCUGGGUGGCAGCCGUUUUCUCAGCGAGGACCUCCAUAGAUCGUCCUAUGCUUCUGUGGAGCUCGGCGUGAGCAAUGAGAAAGAGACCAUGCAGAACCUCAAUGACCGUCUCGGCUCCUACCUGGAGAAGGUGAGGAUCCUGGAAGAAGCAAACAGCAAGCUGGAGGUGCAGAUCAGAGAGGCUCAGGAGGGAGGAAGCCCUGAGGUGCGCGACUACAGCCGGUUUGAGACCACCAUCACUCAGCUACGCAAAGAGAUUCUGGAGGCGACUUUGGCCAAUGCACAAAUAGUUCUCCAUAUUGACAACAGUGGUCUGGCUCUAGAGGACUUCAAGACUAAGUUUGAAAGUGAGCUUCAUAGUCGUGAAAAUGUUGAGUCAGAUAUUCGUGAUUUGAGGAAGAUUCUGGACGGCACCAAUGUGUCACGUCUGCACCUUGAGAACGAUGUCGAGACACUAAAUGAGCAGCUCAUCACUCUGAAGAAAUCCCACAAAGAGGAAACUGCAGAAAUGCAUGGUCAGAUCGCCCAGUCGGGAGUUCAAGUGGAAGUUGAUGCUCCUACAGGACAAAACCUGGGCCAAAUCAUGGAGGAGAUGAGAGCCAAAUAUGAGAAGAUUGCCCUGGAGAACCAAGCAGAGCUCAAAGCAUGGCACGAAUCAAAGAUAGAAGUGGUACAGGUACAGGUGACCGAGAGCUCAGCUGCUCUGAAAGAGGCUCGAGCCCAGUCUCAGGAGGAACGCAAGCGGAUGCAGACUCUGGAAAUCGAGCUUCAAACUCAGAAUGGACUGAAAGCCUCUUUGGAAGGAUCUCUGGAGGAAGUUCAGCUGCACUGCAACAUGCAGAUACAGCAGCAUAACGCCAUUCUCCUCCAGCGAGAGGCCGAGCUGAAGGAGCUGCGCAGCACCAUCCAGAAACAGAUGCAGGAUUACUCAAUCCUGCUCAGCCUCAAAGUGGAGCUGGAGGCUGAGAUUGAGACCUACAAGAAACUUCUGGAUGGUGGAGAAGAACCAACAUCCAACCAACUGAGAAUAAACUUGAUGAAUAUAAGGUAAUGAUGAAGGUGACGACCAGCACAGAUUAAUUUGCGGAUGGAAAGGUGGUGCCACGAGUGCAGAAUCUGAGAAGAUGAUCAUCAUCGGAACAUAAAGCAGCUUUUUUUUUUUUUUUUUUUAUUCACUUCCUAUAUCAAUCUUCAAAUCUAUCUCUAAAACAGCAACUUUACAGGAGAGAGAGAAACAUUAAGAACUUACAGUGGAAGUCAAUGUAAAAAAAAAGUUAAUUUCAGGUAAUCUUGGAUCAUUUUUAUUGAUCAAUUCAUAAAUAAAUGUUGGUACACUGUAAGCAACAGUUUGUGUGUUCAAAUUAUGCAAUAAACCAAAACAUUUCACAAAUGGUGAUGCUUGUUUUUCACUGGACUGUGAUGAUAUGCUGAUUGCUACUAGUGUUAAAUUUGUAUGUACUAAUUGUGGUGUUGAUACAAAAAAAAAGAAAGAAAAUGAUACGUAAACAGCAGUGAAUAUAUACUUCUAUAAAUAAAAACGAUAUAAACGGA